GCAUUAUGAGGGCAUCGACUGAUCUGAUUGGUCCCUCACCCACAUUGCCCCACCCGGUCAGGAGCAUGGCAACGUCGACCUCAUUGCUUGCUCGUUGUCUAUACAGAUGGCAUAUACCUGUCGCGGAUUCUCCAUACUACCAACUCGAUUCUGUACCUUGUAUCCGAUCCGCAUUGAGCGCACGUUCUUACUUUGAAAUCCCAACACUCACAACCAAAUAUGGCCGACCGAUUCCCAUCCUUGGAGGACUUUGAUGCCGGGGCCCAGACAGACAUCAAGAACGUUGCCGAGGACCCGUCGGCCGAUGAUUUCCUAGCUCGCGAGAAGGCUGUUCUUGGCGAUGAUGCGAACCAGUUUGCGACAGCCCAGGAUGCUUCGGCACUUGGUGGCUCAGAUGGCGACCUACUAGGCGAGACCGAGCAGCCCCAGGCCACUUUCGACUCUCAGUUUCCAGACCUUGCUAGCCCUUCAGCGGGCAUGGUCCCUGGCAGCAACACAAUCACCGGGCCUUCGGUCAGCUACAACUCCGGAUACCAGGCACGCGCCGACGAUGAGGAAGAACCUGAAGUGAUCAGAGAGUGGCGCGAAGCCCGUGACGCACAGCUUGCCAAACGUGCCGAACAAUUCGCCGCCCAGCGCGAAGAGACCAUUAAGGAGGCUCAAGCCAACAUUGACGACUUCUACAACAAUUACAACGCGAAGAAGGAAAAGGAGAUUGAGAAGACGCGCAAGGAGGCAGAGCAGUUCCUAGCGAACCGAGAUGACACCGUGUCUGGUGGUACAAGCUGGGAUCGCAUUGCCAAACUGGUCGACGUCAGCGGCAAGGGUGCGAAAGGCGGCUCCGCUGGCUCGGGCAAGGAGCGCUUCCGCGAAAUGUUGAUGAGCUUGCGAAAGGAUGAGAAGGCACCAGGAGCUACGGGCUACUAGACGGGGUUAGGUGUGGAAUUUGACGUCCUUACAGGAGCAUGCAUGCAGUAUGGAGGCGCAUACGGCGUGUGGAUUCUUCCAGGCCCAGGACUUGGCGCAAUGUAUCAUAGAAGUACGGAUCACAUGCGACCGGCUCAUAAUGAAGUACCAUG